AUGAUGAAUGGUGAUAAUCUGGAACCGACAAAUUCAUUAGUAGGUCCGAUGCUCACGGACCUAUACCAGAUCACUAUGGUUUAUGCAUAUUGGAAAGUCGGACGUCAUGAUGAUCAUGCAGUAUUUGAUUUAUUUUUUCGUAAAAAUCCAUUCCAUGGUGAAUAUACAGUCUUUGCUGGUCUUGAAGAAGUAUUGGCAAUGGUCAAUACGUUUCAAUUUACAAGAAGUGAUAUCACGUAUUUACGUCAAGUCCUUCCUCAUGCUGAAGAUGGAUUUUUUCAUUGGUUAUCAACACUUGAUUGUUCCAGUGUGAAAGUCUAUGCAAUUAAAGAAGGAUCAAUUGUAUUCCCUCGUAUUCCAUUAGUCCGGAUUGAAGGUAGUUUAGCUGUUGGACAAUUAUUGGAAACACCAUUAUUGAAUUUACUCAAUUUUGCAAGUCUCAUUACAACGAAUGCGACACGGUUUAAAAGAGCUGCAGGACCUGAGAAAAAACUAUUGGAGUUUGGAUUACGUCGAGCACAAGGUCCAGAUGGUGGACUCAGUGCCUCGAGAUAUUCAUACAUGGCUGGCUUUGGAGGCACGAGCAAUGUAUUGGCUGGUAAACUCCACCAGAUUCCAAUCAUGGGCACACAUGCACAUGCCUUUGUGCAAGCGCAUACGACGCUCGAUGAUGUGAAAGUCACGACCUUGGAUGGCAAGAGUUUUCUUGAUGUAGUACUCAAAUAUCGCAAUGAGCUUGGUCAUACGCAAACGAACGAUGGAGAGCUUGCCGCCUUUAUUGCCUAUGCAAUCGCCUUUCCUGAUGCAUUCUUGGCUCUUGUUGACACUUACGACACGCUAUCGUCUGGUGUGCCGAACUUCAUCUGCGUCGCGCUAGCACUGCACGAGCUGGGCCAUCGCCCUGUUGGCAUUCGACUGGACAGCGGUGAUCUGUCUUACCUGUCAAAGCGCUGUCGCGAGGCAUUCAUAACCGCUGGUGAGUGUCACAGCAUCGACUACUUCAAAGAGCUGAACAUUACUGCUAGUAACGAUAUCAAUGAAGCAGUGCUCAACUCCCUAAACGAGCAGCGCCAUGAGAUAAACACGUACGGGAUCGGUACGCAUUUAGUGACGUGUCAGGCCCAGCCGGCGCUCGGCAUGGUAUAUAAACUCGUAGAGAUCAACAGCCAACCGCGUAUCAAGCUUUCUCAAGACGUUAGUAAGGUGACAAUUCCUGGCCGUAAGGAGGCCUACCGCUUAAUCGGUUCAAAUGGCAAGCCGCUACUGGAUUUAAUGACUGGUGUUAAUGAGAAAGCACCUGAAGUCGGUAUAAAGAUGUUGUGCCGGAAUCCGUUCGACGAACUCCGACGUGUGUACGUGACGCCAUCGCAAGUCAUUCCCCUGCACAGUCUGUACUGGGACGGUCCCAACGGGGGCAUUGUGGGUGAGCUGCCAACUCUGGAGGAGCGACGUCAGUAUGUCACGGAGCAAUUUGAGCUGAUCCGUGAGGACGUGGUUCGGUCACUCAACCCGACACCAUACAAAGUCUCAGUGUCCAAUGAACUGUACGAGUUUAUUCACGACUUGUGGAUGAAGGAAUACCCUGUACAGGAGCUCGACUAA